AUGGCUGAUCUGCAUGCACUACGGGAUGAGCUGCUAGGGCAGCUCUGCAGGCGGUGUGCCGGAUGUGACAGGCAUGAUGCCAACGGGGAGGGUGGCGGAACUCAGGAUGAACCGGUGAAGGAGCCGGUGCGUGUGAAGUCCCCGGAGGAAAUUGCCCGCGACUUCAUCAACGCGGAAACCGGGGGCUGGCAGCGAAGCCUGAGAACGGUCUCCAACACUUACACGAACACUCGAUGCCUCAUCGCCAAAAGGCUUCGCAAGAAGGUGCUUGUAGCACUGGGCAUCAAGAGAAGAAACGACCACGAUCCUCUCGAGGACCCCAAGGAGCUUGACGACGCCGAGCUGUUGAUCGGCUAUGGGAACGAGCCACUGCAAGGCACGGAAGAUACUAACCUGCUCCUUUCCCCCCAUCUCCGUUAUCCCCCCUGCCUUACUCUCUGCCUGGCAGAGCCACUGCAAGGCACGGAAGAUACUAACCUGCUCCUUUCCCCCCAUCUCCGUUAUCCCCCCUGCCUUACUCUCUGCCUGGCAGAGCCACUGCAAGGCACGGCAGCGCCUAAAAUGCUAUUUUCCCCCCAUCUCCGUCUUGCCCCUGCCUUACUCUCUGCCUGGCAGAAACACUGCAGGGCGUAG